CGCUCAUCCACACGACCUCCGCCACAACGACUCGGAUGUACUGAGUCCAGCCUGAGACAUUGGUCGAUGGCUCACUUCACAACGACGGCAGACAAUGGACGGACGAUCACGUGUAUGACGUGCAGCCAGGCGGGACUCGGGCGCAGGAUCGGGAGGUGUUCGAGUAUGGACGGCGGCUGACGUCUAUGCAGGCGGGAUCGACAUGCCAGCCUCGGAGGGCACUCACGAAUGGCCAGGGUCUGUACUUCCUCUCUCUCUUCUACCACAACCAUGUCUACUCCUGCUCCGAAACGCGUUUGCAUCGUCGGCGCUGGGGCUUCAGGGAUGUCGGCUGCGUACGCGCUGAGCAGGCAUCCCGAAAGGUACCAGGUGACGGUGUUCGAUAAACAGGACGUUGCUGGCGGUAUGGCGACGUCAAUCGACAUUGACGCUGACAAGUACGGGGCCGCGUACAUCAACGACGGCGUCCAAGGUUGUAGCCCUGUGUUCGCGAAUACCUUGCGGAUCUUCAGAAUGCUCGGCUUCGAAGCGACUGAAGUGGGGAUGCAAAUCAGCUUUGGCAAAGACAAAGACUUUUGGACGAACGUCUACCCGACAUCGCUCGUCGCUCAAUUCCAGGGCGAUAUCAAGAAGUUCGGGACUGCGCUAUCCAUAAUCAAGAAGUUCGAACCUGUCUUUGCGAUGAUCCCCGUCCACACGAUGUUGAAAAUGUUCGGCUUCUCCAAAGACUUUGGAGACAAGAUGGUGUACCCUUGGUCGCGCUCUUCUUCGGGACGGGCAACCAAACGCCGUAUAUUUCAUCUGCGAUCCUCGAACGGGUGUUCAAAGAUCCUAGCAUGCGCCUCUUCGAAUACUCAGAGAAGAGUCUGUUGGCAGUAUCCCGACUAUGCUGGCGUUCCCCAAGCUGCACGAUGUCUACCAAGCUUGGAAGGUGAAGCGGCUUCACGCGGCAACGUCACGUUCAGACUUGGUCAUGAAGUCGUUGAGGUGAUGUCACGUCACGAGAAAGGCGGUGCCGCUGCUUCAGGCCCUGUUCACAUCAAAUUGAAGACGUCCAUCGACGGUCAAGAGAGCUUCGAGGAAGAGUUCUUUGACGAGCUCAUCUUGGCUAUCGACGCAGACUCUUGCCUGAAGCUGCUAGGUAAACAGUCGACAUGGAUGGAGCGCAAGGUCCUCGGCAACGUCAAGUAUCUGUACGACGUAACCAUCACUCAUAAUGAUUGGAUUAUAUGCGGAAGCUCUGCGCAGGAACGUCAGGAGACAGAAGAAUCCUUCAAGUUCGCGAGAGACAACUUCCGACCGCUGUAUUACACCAUGCAGUACCCUCAAGACAAGGCGAAGAUCGAAAUGAGCUUCGAUCUGACGCAUUAUCAGCCGCAGUUUCGGGGCGAGAAACCUGCCGGCCCCAUUGACCCCGAGGAUAGGUCAAACCAUCGAAACGAGUGCGAACGCGCGGAGGUCACUCGGGAAGCGCAGGAUUCCAGCAAGGGUGAGGCUGGCGCAGAAGCACGCACGGGCAAGGACGCAGACGAGCGCCCGGAGCCUCCGCUGGAACAGCACGUUUUCCAGACCAUCUUCCUGGAUCGCGACGGGUCGCAGGAUUUGUGGACGUGGAAGGACAUCAACCCUGAGAAAAAGAUCUACGAGAAGUGGUGGAAGCAGCAGAGUCAUCGCUGGCAGCAUUACGCGGGCACUGUUCCCUGGAUGAUGUGGAUCAACGGCAAGAACCACACACACUUCGCCGGAGCUUGGUCUGUCCUUAACAUGCACGAACUGGCUGUCACGUCCGGCUUCGCAGCUGCGUAUCGCCUGGGGGCUGAGUAUCCGUUCCACGGCGACGAAGACUGCGAGCGCCUUUUCAGGAUGUACUUGGCCGCAGCCACGGUGUACGCAUGAGGAAGGAGGAUAGGAAAGGAUUGUUUGCGUAAACAACGGCGGUAUCGCUGUCAGUCUCGUCGUGUAUGCAUUGAGGAUGCAGUCAUCGUGUCUCGCUUCCAUGUCAAAAGUUAGCGUGCUGCAUUCAAUUCCAACUGAGCGAGCAUCUCACUACAC